UUAGUGGAAUACAUGAUUACGAUCCCCAUAAAAUUUACAUGGAUUACGAUGAGAUUAAAGAAAUAUCCCAUCUUCGUUGGUCGAAGUACAGAGCGGAUUUACAAGCUGCAAUAAAUACUCCGAAUACAAGUAAUUGGAAAACAAAAGAAAGAUCAAGAGAAUUGGCCGAGAUUCAAGAUAUAAGAGAUUCUACAACAAUUUUUCUCUAUGAGAAUCGUAACUCGACAUCUUCUCACACAUUUAACUUGUAUGGACAAAGUGAAGCUUCUGCUACACGUAUCGUAAAGCUUUUGAUGCUUUCCACAUCAAUGACCAAAUCUAUCCACGAUUUUACACUAAUCACAGAUAAAGAAGAUGAUGGUGUUAGAGGGGUUGACGGAGCUCAUGAUUCGCCGGUGAUAGGGCCAGCUGUUCGAGAUCUCUUAAGCAAUCGUGGAAUCGAUGUUUGGCAUCCAGAUGGUGUGAUGGACACGGGGAGGCUUUGUUUUCAAUUCAAUGGAACUGAGGGGGAUUUUACCUUUAUAGACUGAAUAGUGUGCACUAGAUAGUUAUUUUUGGGGUCCAGGGGAAUUUUAUUCGGAAGAUUUGACAUUAUAUUUUAGGGAAAACGUAGUACUUGAAAAAAUUUGUUUCU